AUGCAGGAGACUCAAGUUUCUAAUUUGGAGUCGUUUACAGUUGGUAAAUAUUGGGGUCAUGCGGAUAUGGAUUGGGAUUGGGUGGAUUCUAAUGGCAGGUCUGGAGGAUUGGUUUCGGUUUGGGACCCGAAGGUCUUCUUCAAGCAAUCUGUUAUUAAGCAUGAUUCUUUUCUGGUGGUUAGUGGGAGAUUGGUAGGGUCGGAUGUUCGUAUUAAUGUUGCUAACAUUUAUGCUUCUAGAGAUUUUUCGAAGAGACGUGCUCUGUGGGAGGAUCUUAGAAGGGUUAAAGAAGGUAGUAAUGGGGUGUGGAUUAUGGUUGGUGAUUUUAAUGAGGUUAGGGAAGAAGGGGAUAGGAUGUUAUCUCGGUUUGAUAGCUUUGGGGCAUCACUUUUUAACAUGUUUAUUGCUGAAACGGGGAUGUUCGAGUAUCAAAUGGGAGGUUAUAAGUUUACUUUUAUGCCGGAAGAUGGAUCGAGUUUUGUGGAAGUGGUUAAUCAGGUUGUUAGCACACAUGUUUCAGUUGGCAAUAAAAUGAAAGAUCUGGCUUGCUUGCUAAAAUCUCUCAAGGUUAAUAUUAAAGAUUGGCGAAAGUUGAGCAAAGACUUAGAGGAGAAAGAAUUGAAUGUUCUUAAAAAUGAAGUCGACUUGAUUGAUAGACUUGCUGAAAACAGGAGGCUCACUCUGGAAGAAAAAGAGAGAAGAACGGCAGGUCGCUGGAAAAUAAAAAAGCAUGAAAAGAAGAGGAUUAUUGAUUUGAAGCAAUUGGCGAAGUUUAGAUGGGCUAAAGUGGGUGAUGAAAAUUCUAAAUUUUUUCACGGGUUAAUAAAUAGUAGGAAAGCGAGGAAUUGUAUAACUUCUCUUGUGAUUGAUGGCAAGAUUGUUUCAGACCCUAUGGUGAUUAAACAUGAGGUGAAGAUGCGAUUUAUGUCUCGUUUCACCGAGCCGCUUCAGAGGAGGCCUUCUUUGGAUGGUAGAGGUUGUAGACGUCUUUCAGAGGUGCAAGUAAAGUCUUUGGUUGCAGUUUUUCUAAGGAAGAAGUUAAAAAUGCUGUAUGGGCGUAUGGGAGUGAUAGAGCCCCCGGGCCGGACGGCUUUACUUUUAAGUUUAUUAAAAGAUUUUGGGUUUUGCUGGAAAACUUUUUUGUAG